AUGUACCUUAUUCUCUGGGUGCUAGCGAUACUGAUAUACACUCUUGAAUCAGCAGCGUAUGAACAGCAUUGUAUUGACCCCGCUAAUUGUCAGUUUUACCCUGUCCAUGGUUGUUACGCUUCAGACAAUGGUCUUGUAUGCAAAAACAGAAAUAGAGGAGGAUUUGAAGUGAGUAUAGAUCCGUUAUACACAAUCUUUUAUUCGCCUUUCAACAUAAAAAACGACACUGGAUUACCAUGUUUUACAGUACCUAUCACGGACGAAUUGAUUAACUAUGUCGACUUUCGAGGACCAAAAGUAAUGGAUGUUUAUGAUUUGGAGCUAAUCGGCAACUGCAGUAGCAUGUCAUAUUGUGAUAAACAUACGAAAACUUGUCAACCAAAGCAACCGUUAGACAGCCCAUGUCAGUACAAUAUGCAAUGCUACUUUGGCAUUGACGGUAUUCCUGGCCAUUGCUCCAACAACACCUGUUCUAUCAGAGAAGAUAUACCACAAUACUAUUAUAAUACACCAAGAUGGACUAUGGGCGAUCAGUGGCAAUCAGCUGUCGUCGCUGUAUUGAUUACAGGUGCAGUGGCUAUUGGAUUGCUGAUAGGGCGUGCUCAAGUCAAGAAACUUGUGAGCAAAUUCAAAGAGAUGAUGGAAAGAUGGCAAAAUCCCGAUACAAGUGUGCCAACAAGUAUGCCGUUUGUAGCAACCGAAGAAGCAUGGAAUCAGCACCAUAAUCAACAAAAGAGAUGGUGGAAGCAAGUGCCUGGCAUGAAUUGGGUGUAUAGUCGAUUAAAACGUGGAGGAAGUGAUAAUGAUCAGUAUUAUCAACUGGAUAAUAGAGGAGAAGAACCACCCCCAUACAGAGCUGAUUGA